CCCAUCACUACCACCGCCACAUUCAUGGACACGUUUUACGACUUUGAUUCGGCCGAUGAUGCCGACGGUCUGUUCAGCGACGGCGACGACGGGGGGGUGGAUGUGAUUGGCCUCCUCGAAACCACUCGGCAAGGUACCCCCCCACAGCAGCCCCAGCCGUGUAAAAGCAAGGGCAAUGAUGAUGAUGAUCAUGGCGGAGUUAUAGCUGACUUGUCCAGCGAUGGCAGUUGGGACGUACGACGCCCAGAGCUUGUGAACGUACCUAGCCUAGAUUCCACGGAGAUGGCGACUAUUCAGCCAGCCAACGCGUUCAGCAAUGUCUUUCUAGACUUUGAAGUUCCAAUUCAGACUCGAGAGAUCGCCCCUGGUAUACAAACACAAGCGCUUACAACUGACACAAACCCAGUCAAGUGCGAUGACUUCGGUGACGAGUUUAUGCCCUUGUUGGAAGAACGUGAGAUCCCCCGACCGAUCGCUGAAAGCAGCCCGGAGAAGGUGCCACGUCAGAUGCCUGCCGAAGACCGACGGGCGAGUAUCGUGCUGGACGACAACACGAUCCUACUUCACGAGGCCACGCCCAAACAUGCGUUUAUCGAGUUCAUCUGUGCCCAGCCCAGUAGCCACAACCUCCAGCUGUCCCUGCACCUACCCUUACAUCCUGACGACCAGUCGCAAGUUGACAUCACUUAUGAGCGGCUCCACCAGCAAACCAAUGGACUCACACCUUCAGCGCUGCUGGAUCAAUUAAAAGCCACAAAGUUAUUUCCGUACAUUGUGUCGAUGGCGCAGUAUGACGUGGCACUCUCUCGUCACAGCACCAACCCCAUCUUGACGCUGCGGAAUUUCCAAGACAUUGUCACCACCUGGACAAACUCGAACGAACCGCUCACCAUGGUGGUACCAGAUCAAUCUCAGAGACUGCAAGUGCUGCUGAAUGGGCUUAACCACCACCUCGACAUGGACGUGCAUACUCGUUGCAAAGCCGAGGUGCACGAACAAGUGUGGAUCAAAGCAGCGGCGAAAUACGACCACUCAACAUCUCAAAAACAGUCAUCUCCAGCGAUUCAGUCCAUGUCGCCGAACCUUAAAGCCAUCCUGACCUCCAAACAAACCCAAGCGUUCGUGGCUCGAAUGCAAAGCGAUUUGGCUAUCAGACUCACGAAAGAGCACGCGCGAGAAGCCCAGCGCCUGCACGCCGUGCAGUUAAAAGAAACCCCGGAACCCCGGAACCCCGAAACCCCCCGCAUCAUCAGCCAGGGCAGCAUUCGAAUCUUAAAAAAAAACGGGUGGAUAGCAGCCACCGCAGAUGCGUGCAUUGAGCGAAUGCUACUCGCCAAAGCCGAACAACAAGAACUGAACGAGCUGGAGCGGGAAAGAAGGCUGGCACUGGACAUGCAAACCGGCCAACGGCUAUUUCGCCCCCAAGUGAACCCUUCCAAGCAGCAGCACUGGCGACAUAAACGACACGGGGGCCACGUAUGUGACGAACUUUAUGCGUUAGCCCAACAGAAGGCUUUAAAAACGGCGUGGAUUCAAGAACAAUCGACACGAGCCAUUGAUGCGACGGUGCAGACGUCGGUGCAGAUGACAGCGGCGUCCAAACAGCGUUGUGAAGACCGCUUUGACAAGGACUUUACAGCGCAAAUAGCUUCAGUUGACAUAUCCCCACAAGAGCUUGAGUUUCCAAGUGUGACUCAAAUGGAACAUGUCCUGACUUGGUUUGGGCUAUUGCCUCCAGGUCCGUCGUUCGAGAGCGACGUUACAGCCGUUCGAAACGACGUCACAGAUGGCGACUUUCGGGGGUGGGUGAAAAGUGUCGUGCUGAACAUGCCCAAACGCUCUGAGAUAUGGAAACGCUGUCGUCGGCACUAUAUUUCGAGGAUCCAACCAACGAUAGCCCAAAGUUAUCAUACAAAACAAAAGCCUCAGAACCCCGAAACUCCGAAACCCCGAACCCCCCAAAGAUCAUGCCACUACACAUUGCAUGGGAAAGCUGCGGACGCCGUCGAUCUGUUGUCUGACCGGCACAACCAGGAAGAAGUGAGAGUGCACGAACUUCGCGUGCAGCUGGAAGACAGCGCCACCGCCGAGUGCACGUUUAGCCCUGAGAUUCACUCGAAAUUUCCCCAACGGAAUGACUCAAAGGACAUUGGACAUCGAUUGUACGACCUCGCGAUCGAGCAACGACAGAAACGAGCGCAGCAACUCGACCAACGGCAAAGUCCGUUGGACAGUCCCAUGCAGACCCCCCCCCACGACGACGACCAGCUCCGCUUGUCAGCCACGGAUCGACUCGAAUUGUUUUACGCUGUCACCGCCGAGCCAGCGCCGGUGGCGGCGUUCGACAAGGCUGUGGAGGGCAUGCGACUGGCCCAACUGGAAAAAGCCCGAAAACUCCAAACAAUUCACGCGUCCAUUGCACCACAUUUGAACGUUGACACGAUGCGAACGGCUGACGGGCGCCGCACGAUCCCCCGGCCGUUUGGGUUUUACCACAAAUCGUCCGCGAAGGCGUACGCCGUCCACGCCAAGAAAAAAUCCAGACGCUUGCGGACACUGAAACCGGACCAGAUCGGGGACCAUCAUUCUGCCGUAGUGAAUGUGCACAUUGCACCUUCGUUGGACCACUCGAUUGCGUUGUCGCAGGUGCAGGAUGCCCAGGCGUUGGACAACGUGGUUCUGGCCAUGACGAGCGUAUAUGCGCUCGACAGCCUGCAAGUGGCAGGGCUCGACUCGGCGUUGCACGACUUUGCCGGACUGGAUUUUUCCCACGUGCAUUGAAACACUACAUGUUAAAAGAUCCUGAAUACUACUGUAGUACAUGACGUUAUCGCCAGACCCCCUCUAUGACGUUAUCCUGUUUAUGGUUACAAAAACGCGGUGAGUUUGGCGCCGCACUUUCGACAGAACAACGCGUCAUCCUGAUGGAGGUUCAUGAAGGGGUUGCAUGUGGGGGCGGAUGGGCAGUGCAUGAUGCGGAAGCCCAUGUCCUCCAGCGAAAGCGGCGAUUUCGCGGCGGCGGACAGCACCAUCGGACACGCAAUUAGCCCGUAGCCUAGAUAUAUUAUUGUAUAUUCUAAACUGAACCGACAUGAGAAUAAUAAUGAAUCGACACAAUAUGAAAGGUACACAAACCCUGAUUGUAGCAAAGUUAUUUAGUGUGUGACUUCAAUUAGUGU